GCCAUUGAACGAGGUACCUAACACGUGGACUAGCUAUAGCGUCCAUUUUUGAAUAAAGUCAAGUCUUUGUUGUUAUUGUUAUAAUUAACGUGUAUACGUUUUUCUCCUGCCUUUUUCCAUUUACGGUACGGCUAGAGUAGUAGGGUAAAGAUUCCUGCAUUACCAGGAAGAGCAAAAAACCUACAAAAGAAGUGACACUGGCGCCGCGAGUAGGGAAGGGCACAAAUUAAAAUCGGGCUUCACGUUCAUAAGUGUAGAGCUUUAGGGCUCUCGGCUGAUCCCUGGCCGUAUCCAAUAUAAACAUUGUCGAUUUGUUAUAUUUGAUAAGAAUUGGAAAAAGCUGCAAGAAACGACAAAAAUGUCUGAGAAAUCAAUUCACGACAUGGCAUACCGCGGUAAAACUGCAGAUGUUAAACGUCUUCUGUCUGAAAAUGAAAAAUUAAAAACAACUAAAGAUAACAAUGGACGUAUGUUAAUUCAUUGGGCAGCACUUGGAGGACACGAUGACUUAGUUCGAUUUUUAUUAUCCCUCGACGUACCGGUAGACCCUGUCGAUGAUAUGGACAUGACACCGUUAAUUUUGGCGGCAUCAGCAGGUCAGGAUAAAGUUGUGAGUACCCUACUAAACGAGGGUGCAAAUGUUAACGCUAAGACGCUAUCAGGUCAUUCAGCACUGCAGUAUGCAGCAUCAAAGAAUUGGAUAUCCAUUUGCAGCAAAUUGUUAGAAAAAGAUGCAGAUGUUAAUGUAACAGACAAUUAUGGUGCUACACCAUUGCAUAGAGCAGCAUCAAAAGGCAACACUGCCAUUGUAAAACUUCUUCUAGAAAUUGGAAAACAUUUAAAUAUAGAUAUUAAAGACAAGACUGGCAAUACUCCAUUACACUUAGCAUGCGAAGAAAAUCGUGUCGAUGAAGCUAAGCUAUUGGUCCAAAAUGGUGCCAACACAUUCUCAGUGAAUAAAGAAAAGCAAACUCCUUUGGAUCUUGCAAGUCCAGGAUUGCGACGACAACUGAAAGAAAUGGAAGAAGAUGUACAGUAAAUAAUGAAGAGUAAAUUCCUAAUGUCAUUGGUUCAGUGGUGUUCAAUCUCUCUCUCUUUCUAAUAUUACGGACAACGUGACCUUUACUUUUCGUAUCCUGGAAUACAUAUUUUGAUUAAAUCCAUUAUGUAUGUGAUAAUACAUUAAAUUUUUAUUGUAUCAAUGCUUUUAUUAAAUAAAGUCAGAGGUAAAUACUCCUAA